ACUGCAGGGCUUCUGCAUUGACAUCAAACAUGUAUACAAAGAGGAACAAUGCUGCACCUUUUGCUCUUGGACCAGUGAAAUCUGAACUUUCAAAUCAACAAGUUGAGGGAUUGGGAACCAAGUUAAGCACUGGUUGGAGUUUUCUGGGAGGAUCAAGAAUCGUUAUUCGUCCAAAUGUUACAAGAAAUCUUCUGCAAAGAAAGAGCUCAACGGUGUCUGCUUCAUGGUUUUCAAGUUCUGAAAUUGCUGCUACUGCAUUCCCUUUGGGAUCAGUAUCAGUUCUUCCCUUUUAUGUCUUCAUGGUUGUCGCACCUAAAGCUGAAUUUACUCACAAAGUGAUGGAAAGCAAAUUACCUUAUAUCGUGCUUGGACUUCUGUACUCAUAUAUCUUGGUCCUUUCCUGGAGACCAGAUACGCUUCAGCUAUUAUUUCAUUAUCAAGAUCUGAUUCCAGAUGUAUCUGGUAUAACUCAGUUGUUCUCUAGGGAGAUGUCAUUAGCUUCUGCUUGGAUUCACAUUUUGGUUAUGGAUCUUUUUGCUGCAAGGAUGGUUUAUCUUGAUGGAUUGCAGAAUUGUGUCGAGACCCGCCAUUCUGUGUCACUGUGCUUGAUGUCUUGCCCCAUUGGAGUUAUUAGUCAUUUUAUCACCAAAGCUCUAUCCAAUAGAAGCAGCAAAGAGAAUUUACGAGUUUAA